AUGAGAGAUGACUCAAUUGAAAACUCUCAAUUGCGUGAUAUUGGUAUCGCCUCAAGUGCUGAAGAUUUGAUUCGUACUACGCAGUUACAUGAAAGAGAUAUAGGGAAAUCAACACAAAUUGCCGAAAAAUCAUCUACAAAUCAGGAGCAAAACGCAGAAACAACUAAUUCAAUUCGUAUUGGGACUGAACCAAACAGUCCUGGUGUAACUGCGACCAACGCCGAUAUAGCUACGACUUCAAAACCCACUGCUCCAGUGAAUGCACCCUCCGUAAUACCCAGUACGACUGAAGUAUCCACCACCACCACCACCAACCCAACCACCACCAAAACCAACACAACCCCCACCACAACAACCACUACAACCACCACAACCUCUGUAAAUCCAACUACGCAGCUAGAUUAUGGCUCUACAGCCAGCACCAGCACCAGCACCGCCGCCGCCGCUGCCACCGGAACCAUCAUCAGCGCAAGCACCGUUUCCGGCACUUUUCCGAGCACCACCGCUCAUGGUUUCUCAACAACCAUUGCCACCGAAGCUGAUACACAAAAAAUAACCACCACGGUCCUCACAACAACAAUCGAUCCAGAAAAAUUUACCAUUUUUAAAUACAACAACAGCACAUGCAAGAGAAACCUGUCCCUGUAUUCCAAUGACGGUCAUCUCAUUGAUGCAAAACAGUAUGGGUACUGGACAGAGGACUGUGGCCAAUUAUUUUUGUGGGGGAAUACGGUGGUGAAUUGGCAAACAAAUCACGACAAAUGCUGCAGUUUGGGAAUGACGCCAAUCACUAUGGAAAACGAAGACAAAAAGAAAUGUUUAGAAAAUAUUACAAAUCCCUCGGUUUGGAAGUAUAAUUAUAAUUACUGGACCGCGGCCCACAAAACCAGCAUGAAUGACACCUUCCAAUUGUUUGAAUGGUGUCUGCCCAAUGCUGCAAACUUUCCGACAUUUGGCAGCACGUCGUCGUAUUGGAUGCCAGGACAACCGCGUGCUAUAAACGGGGAAAAUUGUGUCCACCUGCAAGUGAACAAAAGUCUAAGCAAAGUAUUUCUGACUGCCAGAAAUUGUUCCAAUCUUUUCGUUUUUGGAUGCCAAGGAAAACCGACUCCUGCCCCAUCUUGCUUUGCUCCAAAAUGCCCCGAAUUUAAUUGUGACAAGAAUCCAUCGUUUUUUAGUACUCCUGCUGAUGGCGUUGCUCAAUACUUGACGAAUCCAAGUAGCCACGGUUUCUGGUUUACAGUUAAUGGUAGAAGCUACGUGUUCAACUCGGAGAAAAUGAAUUGGUUGGAUGCAGCUAAAUCGUGUUGCGCAAUUGGAAUGAAGAUCCUCAGCAUAGAGUUCGAUUAUGAAUACAAUAACCUUAUUGCUGCCGCGAAUAAUUCGACGAGCGCAAAUGGCAUAUUUUGGACAUCAGGGACUGAUGAAGGUUGCGAGGGGAAUUUCGGAUGGUGCGCGGUGAACAAACUGGUUAGGAGUCAAGAAACUAAGUGGCAACCGGGAGAACCAAAUAAUUAUGCCGGAAAGGAAAACUGCAUCUUUCUUAGUUUGAGCCAAACUAGCGCAACGCUCUAUGAUGCGGACUGCUCGACCAGCCAAAUGUACAUUUGCGAGGCGAGGGACACGACCAAAACGACUUCAAGUUCUGGGGCAAUGGUGGACGAGUGCGGAGCAGCUUUCAACCUCUCCAAAGAUGAAAUCAAACAGAUUUUCAAUACAACCACAUACUCUCUUAAAAUCAAAUGCUUUCUGAAAUGCAUGGGAGAAAAUGGAGGAUUCAUGUUGAAUGGAAAACUGGUUGACGAGAGAAUUUUGUUGAUGGCCGAAAUUAUGGCAGCUAAUUCUGCGAUACUGCAAGAAAACAUGAUCGCCGUUUCAACUUGCAGUUCAAAAAAGGGGAUGGACGAGUGCGACACGGCGUCGUUAAUCUUCCAAUGCGGUCUGGAAAAUGCGCCAGAUCUUGUUGCCAAUAUAAUCAACACAGUGGAAAUAAAUGCGUCCUCAGAAGCAGUUCCUCUACCAGGCCCUGUACCGAAAUGCCCGACUGAGUAUGACUGUGUUUUGGACCCGCAAAUGAGAGAUGAUUAUUUAUAUAACAGAGUUGAUGCGAACAAGGUUAUACUUUUCACCGCCUGCGGAGUGAAGUAUCUGAUCCCGUAUGAUUGGAUUUCGUAUCAAGCAGCAGCUUCAUUGUGCUGUAAGUACGGCCUCAAAUUGGCCUCUUUCAGUAGUCCAAGUGAGCUCUUGUGCCUGGUUAACAAAUCAAUGAGCACGCUUCCCGUCUUGAAUUUUCACGUCUGGCUGGCGGCAAGUAAACGUGGAGUCGCGAAUUACGCUUGGUGCACGUCCACCAGCCCGUUCAAUCUGAUGCCCACAAUAUCCGUUCACUACCCUGAACGCUCAUCUUUGCCCAACUCGUUUCUUCUUUCGGUCAGAUUCGUCGUUGAUACGCAGCCAACUGAUGUUUACUUAGCCCAGGAGGACAAGGGAAGCAUAUUGUUACCUUUCUGCAAGCCUUGAAACUUUCAUCGUUUUAUUAUUAAAAAUGUUCACUUGGGAAGUUAAAAUGUCCCUUUAUGAGUGUAUAAUGCCAAGAAGUUUGAUUAAAAUUGCUAUAUCUAUUUCCCACCUGCAGAACAAUUAAUAAAUUAUUGGACUUAUCCUCGGUGCAGAAAUGUUAUGAGUUGUUAUUAGUCCUGAAUAUAUCUAAUUUUAAUUCGAAUAAUUUUAAUCGAGGGCAAUCUUC